CUUUUCUUUCAUGUUGAACAGGGUGCAGUUCAAAUUUAACGCCCAUUAUAUCACACUGGUCCGACCAGACGGGCAUCAAAAUCACAUGCAACCAGGAGUAAUACGUUAAGGUACCCUACGUAAACGCUUAAAUUGAAAGAAGUCAUGAGUACAUUUUCACCCGACGUGAGUAGUGUCAGUUUUCGGAUGGAAGCAUCCGGAGACCAGCCGCGAAACGAGAGCUUGGCCCGGAUGGAAAUCGCGCUUCUGGGCACUAUCUUUAUCUCUGCCGCUGUCUUAAACACUGCGCUGUUUGUCACACUUUGGAGACGCCGAAAACAACAGUCGCGGAUGCGAGUCUUUGUACUCCACCUUUGCCUUGCUGAUCUGGUGGUGGCUUUCUUCCAAGUCUGCCCUCAGCUGAUGUGGGACAUAACAGACAGGUUCGUCGGAACCGACCUGGUGUGUAGAUUCGUCAAAUACCUGCAGGUUGUCGGCAUGUUCGCUUCCACAUACAUGAUAGUCGUCAUGACCAUUGACCGCUACCAAGCCAUCUGCAACCCUAUGGUCACAUUUCAAAGACGGCGUGCACGCCUGAACUUUCCCGUGUGUGUUGCAUGGGUCAUAUCCUUAAUCGGAGGUGUCCCCCAAAUUUUUAUCUUCUCGAAGGUCCAAGUGACUCCCGGAGUUUUCGACUGCUGGGCUGACUUUAUUAAACCUUGGGGUUUAAAGACCUACGUGACUUGGACGACCCUGGUCAUUUUUGUCCUGCCUAUUUUCAUUGUGGUCGUGUGUCAGGUGCGCAUAUGUCGAGCGGUCCACAUCAAUCUGUACCACAAAACGCACCAGCAGAGACAGGUGCCCAUCGCACAUCCACUGCCCUCCAGAACCAGCAGUGUCACAGGUUUAUCCAAGGCCAGAAUCAAGACCGUGAAAAUGACCGUGGUAAUUGUGCUCACCUACAUCAUGUGCUGGGCUCCAUUCUUCACGGUCCAGCUGUGGUCCGCCUGGGACGUCAACGCCCCCACUGAAUCUGCCACCUUCACCAUCCUGAUGUUGCUUGCCAGUUUAAAUAGCUGUGCAAACCCGUGCAUCUACUUGCUAUUCAGCGGUCAUCUGCCCAGUAGUCUACUGGCCGUACUCUGCAGGGCUCCAUCCAGCUUCAAGGUUGCCACAGCCGAGGACUCCACGCAGGUCAGCUCCAUCCAGAUGAGUUUCAGGAGCUUGUCCGAUUCAAAAUGACUGUCGGAUGAUCGAUUUCAUUAAGAAGUUACCCGUGCCAUUCUUUUGUAUUUUAAUUUUUCAUAACGAACAUUUGGUUGCCUUAUGAAUGUUCCAUCUUUGUGGCGAUGUUGGAAAAAACUGUAAACCUCAAAUAUCUUGACAUGUUUUUCAAAUGACCAUGCAAUUAUUGUAACGACGAACGAGAGACUACAAAAUUAAUGCUAUUUAUUUUUGGUCAGUAUAGGUGGCAA